AAAAGGUCAACAGUACUCUCCUGAUGUAAAACUCCUAACAACACAGUUUUGCAGCAAAGUAUGCAAUCUUGAGAUUACACCAGCAAGACUUUUAAUUCCAUAAUGGCAACCUCACAACAGGAAGAAAACAAGGACACUGAAACAGCAGGAGGCCGACCAGAUCAACAACUAGAAGAAGACAAGAGAAGAAUAGAAAACAUAAAGCAACUAUUUCACAAACUUCUUCUUACAGACAGGCAUCAGAGUAAACUUAGAGCUGCAGAUGUUUUUGAGAUAUCUGCUCAUUCAUUACAGUCUUGUGCAGAAAAAGACCUGGUUCAGAAUUUCCUACAGAACCUACUUACGAUUAACUACAGAGCAAGAUACAUUAAUAUUAAAGAGACAAAUGAACAUCAUCAUACAAAACAAAGAGAAAAUGACUCAAAAAAGCAUAAGGGAAUUUUUUUUAAAGCUAUGUCUUUGUCUAAUAAUGGAGUAAGUAAACCAGACCCUGUUCACCCGAUGGAUGUUCAGAUGGCUGUGUUUCAUUGUGCUGAUAGUUUACUAAAGCAGCUGAUGGUCACUAAACUCUCACAGUGUCAGUUUGCUCUUCCUCUUCUUGUUCCUCAUCCAUUCACACAACAGAUUGAGUUUCCUCUCUGGACAUUCAGACAAAUUAACAAGAGCUGGAAGAUUAGAAAUACUAACAAUGAAAUCAUCAGUAAAGAAGAGCCAGUCUACAAAGCAGAAACUCCAAUGGUGUCGUUCUUCAGGUUUGGUUCUGUGUCUUCAUCCAAGUCUCAGCUGAUGAACAAUCUGAUCAAUGAGAAACACAACACGUUCUUCCACAGGAACUGUCCAGGCAGCAGCAGAACCAGACUACUGAUGGAUGGAGUGGUGGAGAUCGCCUGGUUCUGCCCAUCUGGAAAAGACACAGAUACAUUUACUGACUGUGUUGCCUUCUGUAAUCUUCAUGGUGAUGCAGGAGACAAUGAGAAACAACUGCAGAUUCUGACUGAAAUGUCUUCAGUCAAUGUCGUUCUUCUGUCACAGCUUGAUGAGAAUGACAAAAACAUAAAAAAACUCGAAAAUCUCUACAGUGAUUCAAAGCCACUUAUUUGCCUUUUAUCUGAGGAUGAAUCUAAUUUAAUUGAUAUAAAUACAGGAAAAUACAAAAUAGGUUUGAAAGACAGAAAUCAGUCAGAUGUAUCUGAAGAACUCAGAAGAGCUAUAAAUGAUUGUCUCUCAUCUUCAGCAUCAGCUUCCAUGUUCAGACUUGAAGAUUUGUCUAAACACUCAGAUAUCAGAGUAGAUGAGGAAGAUGAUAAAGACUGCAGGAGAGGAAGAGAAGCAGCACAGCAGAUGAUGAGUUUACUGAAGAAUAAAAAUCUAAAAGAAAUCAAAGAAUCAUUUCUGCCUCAUCAGGGGAAACUCUGGCAUCAGUGGUGUCAGAAGAACAAAGAACUUCAUCGACCUCUGUGUGAUGACAUAGAACAAGAAACAAACAAACAAACAGAAAUGAUGAAAAUUCGUGAAGAGCAACACAAAUGCCACACAAGUGAGUUUAUAAAGUUCUUUUUAAAACAAAUGAAUUCAUAUGCUGCAAAUAAAAGUUUUUUCCUCACAUGGCUCAGAAUCCUCCUGAAUGAAUUUAUCUCAGCUGAUCUUUCUGCUCUGCAACACAAGUAUAAUAAAAACUGGUCAAAAGUCUUAAAACUCAAAGGAAAUGAAAAAACUAGCCAACUCAAAGAACAAAAAGAUCUUGAGAAAAUAUCUGAAGAACUUCAAGCAGCAACCUUUGGUUUGGAGCACAUCAUAAGAGAGAUCGGUCAGAUCUAUGAAUCAUGUUCAUCUGUGAAGAAGAAUAAGACAGAUCUGAAGUUUGGCUUCUCUUCUCUCCCGAGCCUUGCAGCAGAGAUGAUGAUCUGUGGAUUUCCACUGGAGCUGAUGGAUGGAGAUACUGCUCAUGUUCCUCUGAUCUGGAUCACUGCUGUUCUAGAUGAACUCAUGUCAAUACUAGGAGACCAGAGCAUCUUUGUGAUUUCAGUUUUAGGGAUUCAGAGCUCUGGGAAAUCCACCAUGCUGAAUGCCAUGUUUGGACUUCAGUUUGCGGUCGGUGCUGGACGAUGCACCAGAGGAGCUUUCAUGCAGCUGAUCAGAUUAUCAGAGGAGAUGAAAGAUCAGAUGAAGUUUGAUUAUAUUCUGGUUGUUGAUACUGAGGGUCUUCGUUCUCUAGAAUUUGAUGGAAAGUCCACAAGACAUCAUGACAAUGAAUUGGCCACAUUUGUUGUGGGUCUUGGUAAUCUGACAUUGAUCAACAUCUUUGGAGAAAACCCAGCUGAGAUGCAGGAUAUUCUUCAGAUUGUUGUUCAGGCCUUUCUGAGGAUGAAGAAGGUCAAACUGAAUCCCAGCUGUAUGUUUGUACAUCAGAACGUUUCAGACGUCACAGCUGGAGAGAAAAACAUGGAGGGAAGGAGACGACUGCUGAAGACACUGGAUGAGAUGACAAAACUCGCUGCUAAAGAUGAAGUUAAUAAUGCAGAAUGUUUCAGUGAUGUCAUUAAUUUUGAUGUACAUAAUGAUGUGAAGUAUUUUGCUCAGCUGUGGGAGGGAAGCCCACCAAUGGCACCACCAAACCCAAACUACUGUGAAAAUAUUCAAGAACUAAAGAAAACUAUUAUUUCACAAGCCUCGAAAUCAAAUGGAAUGAGGCUGACACACCUAAAAAAGCAUAUUCAUGACCUGUGGGAGGGUUUACUGUAUGAACGAUUUGUGUUCAGCUUCAGAAAUUCUCUGGAGAUUUCAGUACACAGGAGACUGGAGACAGAAUACAGCAAGUGGACCUGGAGUCUCCGCAGUGCCAUGAUGGAAAUUCAGACCAAACUGCAUAAUAAAAUAGAAAAUGAAGCAACUCAUGAGAUUGACGAAACUGAACUUCAGAGGGAACUAAAGGAGAAAAGUAAAGAAGUGAAAAACUCAAUGUCAGAUUUCUUUAAGAAAGACCCAGAUGCUGCUACACUGAUUCAGUGGAAAACAUCAUUUGAAAUAAAAAUCAAAGACGUUCAAGAAAACAUUGUGAGAGAAACAAAGAUGAAAUUAAAUGUGAUUCUUCAGCAGCGAGACCUGAAGAGAAAGAUUGAUGCUCAGAGGACACAACAUGAAAACACUCUCUUAGAAAAGAGUAAAGAACUUGCAUUAAAACUCAAAGACAAAACAAAUAAUGAAGAAACACUGAAGAAAGAGUUUGAUUUGGUUUGGGAAGAGUGUGUAAAGAAGAUAACCACAGAUACUACUCCAUUAAAAGACAUUAACAUACUGAGAGAUGUGAAAAUAGUCCUCAGUGAAAACGAUAAAAGUGUCACUGUAGACGAAUGGAAGGACAUCAGGAAUAUUUUUACUGUGGAGAGUUAUUCAAGUUAUGUACAGCUAAAGAAAUCCAGUGGCUUAACAGGAUCCAUUAAAAAACUAAUUUCAGGCUCACUUUCUCAUCAAACUGAAAGCAAAAUAAGAGCCCUAAUUAAUGAAAUUGUUAAGCAGACAGACAUAAUGAUUCAGUCAUUUAAUAUUUCAAAGAUGGGCUACAAUAAAAGCUGCAUUAUCAUAAUAGAUUACAUCAAGGCAAGAAUAACAGAACAUGAGGAAGAGUCUGUGAAAUAUGUGUUCAAGAAGGAAUUCUUUAUUGAUUUGGUAUUUUCUAUAUUUAAGAGAGCAGAAAAGACAUUCAAUGAUCAACACAGAAUGUUCAGAGAAGCCAAUGAUCCUGUUCUCUAUCUGAAGAAGAAGAGGAAUGAAUACUAUAAUAUUUUUAAGAAAUACUGUCAAGGAGCAACAUCAACUGCUAUUUUUGGUGAGAUCAUCUGUCAGAAACUGAAAGAACCCAUUGAACAGAGUCUCUAUAAACAGACUGCCAGAGAUUUAGCAGAUGAAAUCAGAUCAAACUGUCCAUCACUGAAUGGAAACAGAUCAAAUCUGGAGAAACACAUCCUGAAGAAACUGGCAGAAGAGGAGAACUUUGACAAAUACAUGAACUACAUUCAUAAUCCCAGAGAUCACUUCAAGAGUUUCAUCAGAGAUGAAGUCCAUCAGUACAUCAGAGAUCAGUUCAGUAUCAGUGUUCAACCCAAGUUGAAGCAGAACAUUGAAGUCCUGCAGCAGAAGAUCCUGACAGCAGCUCAUGAAUCUACUGAAGAUGUUCAAGUGAAGAGUGGAGAUGUUGAUUUGUGGUUGAAGUUUUUCACACAGAAGCUCUCAGAUGUUCUGAUAUUAUCUGUGAAGGACUUCAGUGGAGUCAAACAUGAUGAUGUUGAUGAUUUUAAACUCCUAGAAGAUGUGAUAAGAACAGAACUUCCAUCUAUAAUGUCUAACAUCAGCAGAGAGUUCAGCACAGAUACAUUUGAUAAAAAACUGGAUCUCAACAACAGACCAGAUGAGAUUCUGAUUGAUCAUUUCUGUCGGUGCUGUUGGGUUCAGUGUCCGUUCUGUAAAGCCACCUGCAAUAACACAAUAGAGAAUCAUGAUGGAGAUCACAGUGUCCCUUUCCAUAGAGUGAUUGAAAUUAAUGGGUGGCAUAACAGUGGCACAACAAACCUGUCUGCUAAAAUAUGCACAACACAAAUAGCAAACGACGCUGCAGGUUUUUAUCCAGAUUCCACAGACAGGAGAGUCCUCUGGAGAGAAUACACCAUCACCUCUGACCUCUCUGAGCAUCCUUACUGGAAGUGGUUUGUGUGCAGAUUUCAGAAAGAUCUGGGAAUAUACUACAAUAAAACAUUUCAGGGGAUAGGACAGAUUCCAGAUGAAUGGAGACAAAUCACACGCCAGGAAGCUAUUGACAGUUUAGAUAAAACACAUCUAAUUCAAUAA